GGCGGAAACCUUUUAAUGGCUGCCGGAUGUUUUGGUUGCACAUGAAAGGUUCACUUCCUUUUAUUGACCUUCUACAUCCAUGGCAAAGAUAUGAACAGUUUCCUCUGACGUAAUAAAGAGCCCGCUGCUGUUUUAAAGGUUGAAAAAAUGUCUUAUUUCAGAAGAUGCCUACCACUGGCUCGGCAGAUAACCCUGCUGAACCAAACGGCUGCCCCUGUGUAUUACACGUGUCAGCAGAGGAUUUCCUCAACAUCUUCAAGGUUCUUCACAAAGACAUGCCUAUUUACGCUGUACAGGCCUAUAUUGCAAAGCACAUCAUCAAAUAGCCAGCUUAAAAUACAUACCUCCAGCCAUCAUCUAAAGAGAAGAAAAAUCGAGGAGGAACCUGAGAAGCGUGAGCUUGAUCUACUACGAUAUGACAUGAAAGCACUGAAAGAUGCGCCCAAACCUGCUCUGUACCUGGGUUUGGCAGGGUUAAUCCCCUUUGUUAGUGCACCUCUUCUGAUGACUGUGACUCAGUGCUAUUACCCUGAGGUGGCGUUUGCACAAGUGGCAUAUGGAGCUUCCAUACUUUCUUUCCUUGGAGGUGUUCGUUGGGGAUUUGCUAUUCCAGAGAGCAGCCCAGCCAAACCUGAUUGGAUGAAUCUGACAAAUAGCACAGUUCCAUCUCUCCUGGCCUGGUUAGCUUUACUCUUCAAGGAUAAUAUAAAUGAGGCUGCAGUGUUGGUAGUUAUGGGGUUAGGCAUUGCUCUACACUAUGAUCUUGCUCUGCUCCCUACAUACCCUUCCUGGUUUAAGGCAUUGCGUGCCAUUCUAACUGUAGUUGCUGUAUUCUCUUUAAUAGGAUGUAUUAUCAACUCAAGUGUAUAUCCCCAUAAAUCACUGGUUUCCAAUGAACCUUAAAGCUUAUUUUAAAAACAAAUUAAAGAAGGGCUCAACACUGAGCAGCAUCAGCAGUGCUUUCUCUUGGACACUAUUUGACUGUGUCAGUCAGGGAUUAAAUCUUAAAAAAAUACAUUCAGCUGAAUGCCAAAUGUGAAUAAAAGUAUUCAGUCCUGUUAUAAAAGGUAGCACUGGAAAAACAGGUAUCCGAUUUAUUGGCACAUCUAAGACUGAGGGCCAGUAUUAAAUAUACUUGCAAAAAAGGUUCAGCUACGGUUUGUCUUCAAAUGAUGUUUCAUUAUUACUUAUAAACAGUUUUGUGUG